AUGACCGUCUCCUCUAUCCAAGUCGCCGUCCCCAAAAUCUACAGAACCAGAGGCAACCAAAUCGCUGUCCCCAAAUCUGCCCGUCUUUUGUAUCCUCUCGUUUCGACUCUCGCUCUCGUCCCUAAGUUAUCACCGUCCCCAAAUCGCCUCCACCCGUCCGUCGUCCCCAAAUCGUUGCUCCGCCCAUCUGCCAUCCCCAAAUCACCGCUCUGCCCAUCCACCUCCAAAUCCCAAACAGACCAGGAGAAAAGCAGCUUCGGAACCUUGAGUUGUAAGCAAGCACGGGUAGCACUCCAAAAAUUUGCUGCCGAGGACUCUAUUCCCGGUGCUAUGUCGCCCCCCUUGGGUCCUGUGCACCAGUGGUUGGCGUAUAUAUUGGCGUCCAUUCCUAUGCUAUGGAUGGUAGGUACGUUCAAUAACAAAUGCCACUCACCUCGAAUUGACUCCUCGUCUGGCAGAGACAGGUUAUGGGAAAUAACGGGAUAUCUUGUUUCCACAGCGCAGACCUGCACUUUCCACGCCGCCUGUCGGAAAACCUUUCUUGCUCUUGUAAACGAAAAUUAA